AAAGGAGAGAUAUAGAAGAGGUGUGGAUUGAGAUCCAAAGAGAGAGGAAAAAAAGAACAUUUUGAUUUGUUGUUAACAUUGCAUACAGAGAGAGAGAGAGAGAGAGAGAGAAGAAGAAGGUAUGGGAAGGAAAGGUAUGUUAAGAAUGUUUCUCCUGUUGUUCUUUUUCUCAAGCAAUCUCGUUCCUUCUGCUCUCGCUAUAUGGCUCUCCUUGCCCAUCUCUGGCACCAAGUGUGUCUCCGAAGAAAUCCAACACAACGUCGUCGUUUUGGCCGACUAUGUCGUCAUUCCCAAUGAUCACUCCCACAACCCCACCAUCGCCGUCAAGGUGACGUCACCAUAUGGAAACAAUAUUCAUCACAAGGAGAACACAACACAUGGUAAUUUCGCAUUUACAACUCAGGAGGCUGGGAAUUACCUGGCAUGCUUCUGGGUGGAUAGCCAUAAUCAACAAGGGGGUGAGGUUAAUGUAAACCUUGAUUGGAAAAUUGGUAUUGCAGCCAAGGAUUGGGAUUCAGUUGCUAGAAAAGAGAAGAUUGAGGGAGUUGAGCUUGAACUGAGAAAGCUAGAAGGAGCAGUAGAGGCUAUCCAUGAAAAUUUGCUCUAUCUUAAGGGCAGGGAAGCUGAGAUGAGGACGGUGAAUGAAAAAACAAAUUCCAGAGUGGCAUGGUUUAGCAUUAUGUCCUUGGGUAUCUGCAUUACAGUUUCAGGUUUGCAAUUGUGGUAUUUGAAGCGGUUCUUCCAGAAGAAGAAGCUUAUUUAGAUUAUGAUAGUAUCAAUUUAAUUUUAUUAGUGAUGCAAUGAACUAUAAAAACUUUUAAGAAUUUUUAUGAACACUACUCGCAAGUAGUAGACAGAAAUUUUUGAUACCACAAGUAGAGUUUCCAACUUUUCUUAUCCACGGAUGGUUAUUACAAUGAAUUAUCUUUUAGAUUGGGAUAUGAUAACCUGCAGAUAAGAGGGAAAGAAUUUUAAUGAAUGAAAUCGAGUAAAAGGUGGGAUUUUA